UUCCAAUUGAGUUGAAGACAGAUACUAUUUCAUUUUAGUAAUGAAGAAAUUUGUACUCUAUAACCUUCAUAGAGAUUGAAGGUUUCGCAAUUAUUCUAGGAACAAAUUUUUUAAGUAUGUCGAGUACUCUAAGACCAGUAACUGCCGUUCGAGCCCUCAAAAACGAAUAUGGAAUAAAACUCCAAAUCAGCGUUCGAGAUGACAACUAUUUUGUAGUUUGGUUUUUAUUUGGUCUUUUAUUUGUUGCUAUAAUUGUUAUCCCCAGUAUUAGUCACCUAAUAGACAUUUACAAGAUAGGGAAACUUAAGAGGUGUAAACAGCUUAGAAAAGAGAGGAUGGAGCGGGAAGCCGAAGAAGCUAGGCAAUUAACUAUUUCAAAAGAUCAAAGAUUCGUUUUGCCACCAAAUAAUCGAAUGGCUUAUUAUGGGCAAAUGACGGCCGUAAAUGUUCCACCUCCACGCCGAGGGAGUAUCCAACAAAUGCAGAAAACGCGAUUUAUGCAUGAUGAAGCUUCUUUGGAACUCCAAACUCAGACUCCUUAA